AAACGGUCGAGCGAGGGUCACAUUAAUAUUAAACCCUGUAAUUUUAACCAAAGUUUAGUUCCUUCAAUUUAUUUAUAUACCUAAACACUACAUCCCUUAAAACCAUGGACGACUUGAAUCCGCUGGCGGGAACGGCUCACCUCCUGGAAGAGGUUGACAAGAAACUGAUGGUCCUAUUAAGAGACGGACGGACUCUGAUUGGAUAUCUGCGAUCCGUGGACCAGUUCGCUAACCUGGUACUGCAGCGCACCAUCGAGCGGAUACAUGUGGGCAACGAGUACGGCGACAUUCCCCGCGGAGUCUUCAUCAUUCGCGGCGAGAAUGUGGUGCUGCUGGGUGAAAUUGACCGUGAGAAGGAGCAGAAACUGCCACUCAAAGAGAUAUCCGUCGACGAAAUCCUGGACGCACAGCGGAGGGAACAGGAGCAGCGGCAGGAGAAACACCGCCUGGUAUCCAAGGCACUAAAGGAACGAGGCCUGGCCGUAGAUGCCAACAUAAUCAACGAGGACUUUUGCUAAGACUUCAAACUCUUCCUAAGCACAUAGUUAGAUUAAGCUCAAAAGAUUUUCGUCACUUUGUAUAUUUGUACUGCAUUAAAAAACUAUGUUAAAACCUA